AUGGUGCAUUGGGAUUCUUACGCUUUAUUCUCGCCAUCUUUGUGUCCUGUUGGUUCCACAGUAGUCUCUGGUGCUCAGGGAUCUGAGGCCACGUUCUCCAGUGAACUGGCUGGAGGGACCGGGGGUCCGGCCUCGGGGGAGGGCCUCCACAGUUCGAUGAGCGACGAGGAACAGCUGGAAGUAGAUGAGGAGGUUUCAGGAGCAAACAACGGAAAUUUCAGCCUUGUUGAGUUACAUCCCGGCCAAGAUGAUAAGAAGAAAAGUAAAGGCAAAGGCAAGAAAAGGAACAAGCACAAGAGCAAAAGCACAACUCCCCUCAACCCCAAGCACACGUUCUUCACCAACGUAUACUCAUCGACUCUCAGCACCACAGAGGACCCCUGCACCUCCACCCACCUGGGCUACUGCAUUCACGGUUACUGCAAGCACAUGGAGGGGCUGCAGGAGCCAGUGUGUAUAUGUAUGAAGGGUUAUGAUGGAGAGCGCUGUGGGAUCCAGUCUUUGGGGACAAUUAAAACCCAGAUCAACAAUACUGAGCUGGUCCAGACAGUCUUAGUGAUUAUCGCUGUGGUCCUGUCGGUCAUCAGCUGCUCCGCCAUACUGCUCAUGACCUGUGCUCAUUACAGGUCACAUAAAAACUUCUUGGCAUCCUACCUGGGAUCUGGGACGGAGCAGGAGAAGCUACAGAAAUCCAUGGGCGAGGUUGUGGUGUGAAAGCGUCAAGUUACGACCCAGCUGCAUGACUGAAAGACGAAGCGACGAAGCAACGAAGCGUCUGAGGACAGAAAGUAGUAAAGUUAAUAGACGGCUUGAUUAGUUGCUGUGUAAAAAAACACUGUCUAGAACUUGUUAGAAUGUAAUUUAUUUAGUAUGAUUAUUUAUUGCUAAAGUCUGUAUGAGUGUUUGUACCGGUAUGUUAAGCUAUUGUUAUGAUGUCUAUUAUGUUCAAAUAUGUGCGGUUUGGUUUUAUUUAUUGCACUGCUGUUGUUAUAGGUCAGUAAAACACUUUUCAUCUCACUCUGGAAAAGGGAUGGAAUUUGAUCACCAAUAAAGUGUCUCAGUGUUAUGUGAAA